AUGCACUCAGGAUCCAUGUCUCAUCUGGGAUAUCCUGGGGUUUGCAGGGCCACAUCCUACAGAACUCACUGUUACUUCCCAGUGACUCAACCUGUUGCUCUCUGCUCCAAUGAUGUAAGCCCUACCUUUGGACACUGCUUACCCAGUAGCUAUCAAGGAAAUCUCUGGCUCCUGGAUCACUGCCAAGAAUCCUACUGUGAACCGCCAAGCUGUGAAUCUCCCAGCUGUGAAACCAAGACCUGCACUACGAGUUGUGACCCAUCGAACUCCUGUGUGCCCUGCAUCCUGCCAUCUGUGGGCCAAGUUGUCAGUGGCUGUGAAACUACUGAUAUCAGACCCAGCGUCAACUGUAGCCCAUAUUCGCAGACUAAGGGGUAUGUAUCCAAUUGCUGCACACCCACUCAAUGUGCAACCAAAGCCUGCCAGACCCUCUACAAUGGCUCCAACUGCUUUGGGCAACUUAAUUGCUUCUCCAAGAGGCUCCGACCCCUCAAUCACUGCAAUGUGCGUAGUUUCGGGUAUAGAAGCUACCAAAAUCUUGGCUUCAUAUCCAACAGCUUCUCGACACCAUGCUAUGCUGCCAGCACCUUCCAACCCCAAAGCUAUUUAAUAAGAAAUUGCCGAUAUCCAAGUUACAGGCCUAUGAGCUGCCAACCGUUGAGUUAUUUAUCUAGAAACUGCUGGUCUCUGAGCUGUAUUCCUAGCACCUUUCCACCUCUGAGAUAUUUAUGCAGUGGUAGCAGACCUAUGCAUUGCUAUUGA